CGAAUGAAAAAUAAUACACACUAUUACCAUAUAAAUCAACAGGUUGUUGAUAAAAAAAAAAACGAGAUGGAAGUUUCGAGAACGAUGAAUCGACUCGCACAAUCUACGAUAGACUAACCGACUGUCUUCAGCAGAAGAGUUUAAAAUUUAAAAGAAUCGUUGUACAAUUUUCUGAUUGGAGAGAUAUAAGUGUUUUAACUGGUCCAUGAAUUAUGCGCAUUCAUACUGCGCAUUAUGCGUAUUUCUUAUGAAAUUAAAUAAGAUAUCGAAUACACCGUGCUGUAUCUUUCACAGUGGUGUAAUCUACUUAUUUUUACGACAAUAAAGUUUUUUACGACAACGAGGCUGACUAAUAAUCGAAAAUAAGAUAUUUGUAGAUUUUCUCAAAUCAUGAUAAUCGAUCAAAACACGAGUACAAUCGAUUUGAAUUUUUUCUUUAUUCUUUUGUUUUUAAAUAAGAUUUAUACAAUUUUUUAAUAUUUAUACAAAAGAAUUUGAAAUUAUCUCUGAUUAUGUUAUUGAUACCUAAGCCAAUAUAUUAUUAAUCAUAUACACAAUAUAUGUUUAUAUCGAAAAUAUUUAACAUUUCAUUAUAAUGACAUGGAUGAUUUUACGUUUUACUUAAAAUUUACGAAACCUCUAAUUCUUAACCUACCAAAUCUUAAAGAUCGUGCAAUGGCUGCAUUAUGGUUGAACAAAUUGACUGAAAUAAAUGAAAGUAUUCCGAAGGACAAUCUUCAUGUUGAAUAUUUGAAAUUAUUGUUAUUCGCACUACAAAAGAACAAUCUUACAGGUAUUUUUACAGAACAUCCACCUGAAGGUUUACUUCCGCAUCAUCCAGAAAUGAACACGGUAAUGGACAUGAUAAAAUUAGUAAUUCCAACAAAAAAAUUGUCAUCUUCUUUACCUUCAAUUUAUACUAUAAUAGGAGGUGAUAUGUCCGAAUUCGUUGCAAUUCAAGAAAUACCAAAUUUUGGAUUGCACGGUUACUAUGCUAUAUCUAAUGAACCUUUACCAUUGUGGACACAGAAUAAAACUGAACUAUUGAAAAAUAAUGAGAAUACAAAAAAAAAAUCUCGAUUUAAAGAUUCUCUCAAAUAUAAAAUGUUCAAAGAAAUUAAUUUUCAACAAACUGCAUCACAAAAUAAUCACAUUCCGAAUGAAAUGGAUACAAAAGAAGAAAGCGAAAGAAAGGAAAUAUCAACAAAUGAGACAAGGCCAUGCUGGAGAACAAAUCGUUAUUUUGAAAAACUUUUAGAUCAAUCUCCUCAUAUUGCUACAGAUCUUGAAGUAACAACAGCAGAUACAUUAUUGCAUAUACUUAAAGAGAAAAAAUUAGAUAAGAAAGAAAUAAAGAAUGAUUCUUGUGUCUUAUCUGUGAAAAAAAGACAAUUCGAAAAGAUGUCGAAUUUUACACCUUUCGUAUAUGAAUCAGGAUUUGAUAAAAUAAAAUAUCAAAGUGAUAGUGAAGAACAAUUAAAACAAAAUGUUGGUAUCGAUGGUAUAAAUUGUUGUAGAAGAAAUAAUAUUCCAAGUAAGAGUUUCAGUAAUAUAGAUACAAAAGUAAAAUAUAUUUUAAAUAAACUAUUUGCAAGAUAUAAAUUUAUUUAGGAAAUAAAUGUAGAAAUAAAUGGAAAAAUGCCGGUACCCAUGAAUUUUCUAUUUCUUCAAAGAGUUGUUUUUUAAAUCCAGAUUAUUGUUCCCAAUAGUAGCAGAUCUCUAUGAGACUUUUUUAUGUCAUAAUCAAUUGAUCAAUUAUACAAAAUAUAGAAACAUUAAGAAAAUAAAAAUUGUAAAUUGAAUUAAAUUUUACAUUUCUUUAGUUUAGUUAUUUCUCUUCAAAAGUGAAAUUACUCUGAAUUGUA